GGCCUGGGGUUCCUCGUGUCCCUUUGGGGACGGGAUGUGGCGGAGGGGCUGGGCCAGGAGCAGAGCCCUGGGAGUGGAGUCCUGGCUCCCAGCUUGGUUCCUGCCCUCAGCAAAACAUCACGUGGCAGAUCCAGGGGAGAGACGUCAGUUUGCUGCUCCUAAAAUAUUUCUGGAUGUAUCUUUAUAAACAAGCUGGAGCCACCGGUCGCGGCCGACCUUGGGUCAGGAUUUGGCCCUAACAAAGAGAAUUAUUUCCUGUUUCUGCAGCAUGUUCAGCAUGAAUUGAGAUCUAACAAAAUAAGGGAAUUAAAGCCCCGUGAAUUCCAGUCUGGAGCUUUGAAUGGAUCCAGUUUUGCUGCUUCACGGUUGGUUCUGGUGAACUGCUUCAGUUCAGCGUUCCCAGUGGCUUAUUUCCUCACAAGAAAUAAACCUCUCUGAAGAUGGAGCCAAGAGACACUGAGCUCUUGGACCUUUUGAACUCCUCCUUCGGUUUCCUGACUUCUCUGAUGAUGUUGGGGCAGGGAGCACAGUCCUGCCUGUGGAUGCUCCUCAUGCUCCCGGUGAGUCCCUUCCCAAACCUGGCAUGUGACCAUUGGCACUGGCCGUAGGCAGCACAGGAGAGGAGGUUCUGGGGGCUUUCCCCUUAUUUUGGAUGAACACGCGAUGUGAAAGGUCUGAAUUCCCGUUAGGAAGCAUUUGCAGGCUGCCAGGAUUGACUCAACUCGGCUUUGCCCCGUUCCCAAAGGCAGAACUGGGCAGAGUCCUGCUGCCUGGAAGGCUGAAGGUUGGUGUCAGCGUUGGGUGGAUCCGUCGGCACGUUGGGAUGGGGCUCUCACUCCGCCCCCACGGGUGUGUAACCGUGGAAUGAUUCUUGUGUGAGGCUCCAGCUCCUGGUCCGAGCGAGGUGCGACUCCAGCACGGCUGAUCACUCCUCCCUUCCCUCAGGAGCGUGGGGGGAUAUUUGUUAAACAUUUGCUGAAAAACCUUCUGGUGUGUCCUGUAAAGAGCUGGUGGGAUCUCCACAGGAACUUAGUCCCAAAUACAUGUUUUCUGCGUAUUUCUGGUUGGAAUGUGCCAGGAACGCUCACUUUGGAUUGCAUCCAGCCGUGCUGCGUCCCCGUGCGCUCCCGGGGGCUCUGGGGUGUGCUCAGCCCCUGCUCCGUUGCUGGGGGAUGGAUUUGCAGCUGUGGAUCUCCUGGGGCUUGGAUUUCCUACCUGGGCUUGUAUUCCUGACCUGAUCUGGCAGGAGGGAAGAGGAGAGAGCACUUCCCUUCCACGGGGAAAGGAAAUAAUCAAUAACUCUGGGGUGGGGACAUUUCCUCCGUCCGAUCCCUCAAUAAAUCUCCAACGAUCCGUCGCCGCCUCGUUGGACCCGGAGUUUUCCAUCCGUGUUUUCCCUGGCAUUUUUGUGCACGCGGGAGUUCGGAAUGCCGCGGACGAGGGGGUGGGAUGUGCCGCUUGUUCCCUCCCCAAACCUCCUCUGCUGUGUGCUGAGCUCUCAUUUUCCUUGGAAUUCCACACCCACCUGAAGGAAGCUUUGCCCGUUAUCGCAGCCGGUUUCACCCUGGAGCUGCUCCUUGUUUCUGCAGCUCUUGCCAGGGAUUAGAGGAUCUGAACGUGCGGCUCCUAAUUAGGGAUGUUCCCUAAAUUGGAGGAGUAAGAGCAGGAAUCGCUGCCAGCUCCUGCUCCCGGAAUGUGCUGGGCUUUGGCAUCGCUUCUCCCGCCUCAGCUCGCAGUUUGCUCCGGCAGCGAAGGAAUAACGAGUUUUUCUGGGAGGAGGAAAUUAAUACUGACACCUGUGAGAGCGGGAAUGGCGUUUCUCCACCAAAGCCAAGAAAUUCCACGUUAAAGACUGGAUGUAACGGUUGCUUUUGGGGAGUUGUGCUCUUAGGGAAUUUCACCCACCUUUAAGGAUAAUCUUGGAAAAAAAAAACAAACCAAAACAUUUCAAGGCACCAAGGAGGGGUUUUGCCCAUCUUUAGGGAUAAUCCUGGAAAAUAGACUUUAUUUGUUCCUAUCCUGCACAAUCCUGAGAUUGGCUCGUGCCCAAUACACCACCACUUCCCUCUCCCAGCCUUCCCAGAUUUUUCCCUGCCAGAUUUUCAGCUCGGCAUAAAUUGUGUUCCUUGACAGCAGAAUUUUUAUCCCAGCCUUUAACUGCAAAGCAACCAAGUUCCAGGGAGCACUUUGCCGUUCCGGACUCCCACGGAUGAGGCUGCUCUUCCUUUCCCUCUCUGCCCCGAGGAAUGCGGAAAAUCAGGAUUUGAAGGCAUGGCAGGAGCACACGCCUUCCGCAGGCUCAGAACCCGAGAAAAUCCAGAUUUAGGAAUAGAUCUGUGGUUUUGUUCCCUUCUGGGAAGGAGCGCCGGAGUCAAAGGAGCCUGGAAAGGCGCUCUGGAGUAGAAAGGAGCUCUGUCUGGACGUUGAUUUUUGUCUGCCAGAGUUGAUGCUGAGGAGCCGAUCCCGUGCCGCUGACUCCGCCUGGCCUCGGCUAUGGACAUCGUCCUGUCGGAUUUUGUUCGCUCAACGGGGGCAGAGCCGGGACUGGCCAGAGACCUCCUUGAAGGCAAAAACUGGGACCUGAGCGCGGCGCUGAGCGACUUUGAGCAGCUCCGGCAGGUGCACGCCGGGAACCUCCCUCAUUCCUUCAACGAAGGCCGCGGGGCCCGGCCCCCGGAGCGGGAGGUGGCGCGGCCGGGGAGGCCCCCGCUGCAGCGCCAGGAUGACAUCGUGCAAGAGAAGCGCCUGUCCCGCGGCAUCUCCCACGCCAGCUCCACCAUCGUGUCCCUGGCCCGCUCCCACGUCUCCAGCAACGGCAGCAGCAGCGAGCACCUGCUGGAGAUGCCCAUCUGCACCUUCCAGCUGCCCGACCUCACCGUGUACCCCGAGGAUUUCCGCAGCUUCAUCGAGCGGGAUCUCAUCGAGCAGUCCAUGCUGGUAGCGCUGGAGCAGGCGGGCCGUCUCAACUGGUGGGUGACGGUGGAUCCGAGCUGCCAGCGCCUGCUGCCCCUGGCCACCACCGGCGACGGGAAUUGCCUGCUCCACGCUGCCUCCCUGGGUAUGUGGGGCUUCCAUGACCGGGAUCUCAUGCUCAGGAAAUCUCUCUACACGCUGAUGGACAAGGGAGCGGAGAGGGAAGCGCUGAGGCGGAGAUGGCGCUGGCAGCAGACGCAGCAGAACAAGGAGUCUGGCCUGGUUUACACGGAGGAGGAGUGGCAGAAGGAGUGGAACGAGCUGAUCAAGCUGGCAUCCAGCGAGCCCCGCGUGCACUACGGCACCAACGGCGGCAGCUGCGGCGGGGUGGAGAGCUCGGAGGAGCCGGUGUACGAGAGCCUGGAGGAGUUCCACGUCUUCGUGCUGGCCCACGUGCUCAAGAGACCCAUCGUGGUGGUGGCAGACACGAUGCUGCGGGACUCGGGCGGCGAAGCAUUUGCCCCCAUUCCCUUUGGAGGCAUCUACCUGCCCCUGGAAGUCCCAGCCAACAAAUGCCACCGGUCUCCUUUGGUUCUGGCCUAUGACCAAGCCCAUUUUUCUGCCCUGGUCUCCAUGGAGCAGAAGGAAAACACGAAGGAUCAAGCUGUGAUCCCCCUGACAGACUCUGAGCACAAGCUGCUCCCCGUGCACUUCGCCGUGGAUCCCGGGAAGGAGUGGCAGUGGGGCAAGGACGACAGUGACAACGUCAAGCUGGCCAGCGUGACUCUCUCCCUGGAAGCCAAGCUGCACCUGCUGCACAGCUACAUGAAUGUCCGAUGGAUCACGUUGCCUUGUGACAUGCAGGCGCCUCUGGCUCAGCCAGAAUCCCCCACGGCCUCUGCGGGCGAUGACGCUCGCUCGGCGGCGGAGUCGGGUGAGUCCGACAAGGAGUCGGUGUGCAGCAGCUCUGCCAGCAACGGGGGCACCAGGGCGGGCAAGGACAGGGAGAAGCCAAAGAAAGAGCGGGAAAAGGAGAAGGAGAAGGAUAAAAAACGGGCAGACUCGGUAGCCAACAAGCUGGGAAGCUUCGGGAAGACUCUGGGCAGCAAACUAAAAAAGAACAUGGGGGGCCUGAUGCACAGCAAGGCCGUGAAGGGCGGCAUGAGCAACGGGCAGGGAGACACCCUGGAGAAGAAGAAGAAAGGAUCCCUGAAGGCACGGAAGGACAGCAAAGAGGAAUGUUCCCCAGGAGACUCAGCUCCUGCAGAGAAAACGUGCGCUGCUGCUAAAGCGGCCCCGGAGAAGCCGCCGGAUCCCUCCAAGUACAGCAGCGACGUGCGGCUGAGCCUGAGCAUCCUGCGCGCGGCCAUGCAGGGCGAGCGCAAGUUCAUCUUCGCCAGCCACCUCAAGACCAGCACCCGGCACCAGUUCCAGGAGGAGAUGAUCCAGAGGUACCUCCUGGAUGCCGAGGAGCGUUUCCUGGCAGAGCAGAGGCAGAAGGAGGCAGAGAAGAAGGCGCUGGGCAGCGCUGCCCCGGCCAAGAGGCCGGAAGGGGAGGCGGGCGCCCAGCGGAGCGAGGAGGCGAUGCCGAGCCCCGCGUUCUCCCAGCCGCCCCCCGCCUACCCCCCCCAGCCCCUGGAGCCGGCAGCGGGUGCUAAAAUCGCUUUUCCCGCCGGCUAUUCCGGCGUUUUCACCUUCCCCAGGCCCUCCGUGGGCAGCGCCGAGGGGCUGCACCCACCCGGAUGCGCCGAGGGCCGGCGGCAGCUGGCGGGGGGCCCCUGCGGGAGCCUCCCCCCUUACGCCACCCUGCCCCGGCACCACCAGGGCCGGCUCGGCCCCUGCCCCUCCGGCCCUGCCCACCCGGGCCGGUUCUCCCCCACGGACACGGACAUCCAGCCUCCUUUCCCUUCGGAGCGCGAGGGCUCCGGCUGCCUCCCCUCGCACAGCAACGGCUGCCGGGAAUUCCUCGAGCAGGACAAGGGAGGAGCAGCGGAUAAAACGAGAAGCCAAGCCCUCUACGGCGUCCAGCAGACCAAGUGCAAACAGCCCAACUGCAGCUUUUACGGACACCCGGAGACGGGGAAUUUCUGUUCCUGCUGUUACAAGGAGGAGCUGCGGCGCAGGGAGCGGGAGGCGCUGGUGCACCGGUUCUGACGCUCCCCGUGCGGAUCCGGACCCGUGGAACGUGGGGGAAAUGCAAUAACGAGAGAUCCCUUUCGGUUUUACGCCCGCCCGCGCUCCUCUCCCGCUCCGCAGGAGGUGGGAGCAGGCGUUUGGCCGGACGGGCUGGGGUUGGCCUGGGGCUGGUGGGAUUGAGGGGUGCAGGAGGGAGAUGGGGGGAAACCAGCCCCUGCUUUCCCUGCAGAGGAGGAGGAAGAAGAUUCCCAGGGGUGCCUGGGGACGGCGGGCGCUGCUCGGGUCGGAGCACAGGGUGAGGGGAGAGAAUUCCUCAAGAACUCAAUAAACCAGACCAAAGCUUUGGGAGCGGGCAGGGGGGAGCAGCUCCCACCAGGUCCUUCCCGCUUCCUGACCACCUGGGACAGAGCGAAAACGCCCCAUUUUGAGCGUCACAAACCUUUUAAUGGAGUUUUUUAACACUGGUUUUAUUCUGUAUCUCUUCUUGCUGGUACUGAGCGACACCGUGUUGGAGUUGGACGCUGGUGAGGCGAGGUUGGUCGGACGCCCCCCACCCACUCCUGGGUGGCUCCGAGCACCAGGACGGGCUCAGGGCUCUGUCCCCACCCCGUCUCCUACCCGUGAGCUCGACUCUGGUUUUAAAACGUUUUUUAAACUCUUUCUGAGGCGGGGGAAGCCGGGGGGGACACUCCCAGCGCUCAAGGGAUUGGAGGUUUCUCUUCCUGUGCGGAACCCCCAGCCCACAGGAGAGCCCGAGGCAAGAUCCUGCCAGGAAUUCCCAGUGGAGGGGGGCAAAUCCCCCAGGAAUAACCACUGGGGAGGGGUCCCAGAGCACCCCCAGUCCCGGGGGGGAGCCGGGGGGGGGUCACACGUAACUCCUACUUGAGCACAGCUACUCUGUACUACCUCUGAUCCUGAUUAACUCGGCUCCGUUGUGCUGAGCCACCAACUGACCUUUAGGCUGCGGAAUUAAUCCAUAUUUUUGAUAACAGGGCUAAAAAAAGCAGAACAAUAAGGUAAAAUCCUCCCGUUGAUUAACGUCCCGCACCAUUCCUGACCCCAUCCUGGCCCCCUGGCUCCCAGGGUGGGAUUCACUUUAGCACUGCGAUGUUUGCACAGAAUUCCUUGGGUUUUUGGUUUUGUUUUUUUGGGUUUUUUUGGUAACUGCAGCUCCCAAACCGGGCCUGAUCCUGCACGGAGUGAGGUGCAGGUGCAUUUCCUAUCGCACGGAAAUAAAACAGGAGUUACAUCCUUCAGCCAGAGCUUUACAACAUUCCCUCGUUUUUCUUUUUUUCGGGUUGAUUUUUUUUCCAGAAGGCAUCAAACUAUGCAACCCCUUCCUGCGCUUGGCCAUUUCCAGGAUGAGGGAUGAAGGCCUGGGCAGAGGAGCUGGAAGUGUGCUGAGCUCGGGGGAUCACCCAACGCCUUACGCUUGGCCCUAAAAACGUUAACUUAGACCUCAAAGCCCCUGAGUUAAGGCCUUCCCUGCACCUAAAUGUCCCCAAAUGAGGCCUUUCCUAGUGGGAUCCCAACACUUUGAGUCCAGGCAGCAGUGCUUAUCCACAGAUUUUCAAAUCCAAAUCCAAGCCCCAGGGACGGUUUGACUCCAGGGUAAGUUGUUUUAUAAAAUCCCCGAGCGUGGCCGAAGCUGUGGGAAGGGACGGGUGUGACACCACUGCGGCUGGCUCCUCUUACCUCGGAACAAAUUCCAAGUUUCCCCCUCAAACUGCAGGAAUUCUGAAGGACUUUAACCCUGGGACAGGGACAUGCGGUGCUAAUGAAGCUGCACGGUUUCUGCCCCCACGUGUUUCACCCCAAAUUUUAAACCGAAACGGUUAAAACCCAACCCAAACCCUUCACUGUUUAUGGGCAGUCGGUUGAAAUCCCUGUUUCUGAUGUUUAUUUUUCCCCCCAAAUCGGAGCAGCAGCUUUAUUUUGGCGUUGGGAAUAUCCUCCGGCUGUGCCGGGAGCACGGAUGCCCCAGGGCAGGGGAGGGAAAGCGGGAGCUGAUGCUUCAUCCUCGCGGUUUUUGGGGGGAAAUUUCUCUCCCGUUUGGUUAGCUCCAUCCCAGUGGAUGCUGGAUUUGGGUGGGGAUGGGUUUGGUGGAUGUGGGAGGAGAGAGAGGGAGAGAAAAGCUGUAGGAAAAGCAGCUCCAAAGCUGGAGAAGCACCAAACCUACCCCGGGGAGGGAUUUUUCCGUGGGGAUGGGGACAGGGAGACUGUGGUGUGACCCCAAGGUCAAACUAAGUGCACUUACUUGGUGUGGUUGGAAUUGGAAUCGCUGCCGGCAGAUCCCGGUGGAGGAAAACUUUGUCUUUCAGCGCGUGUAAAACCCGUUAAUGAGAUUGGAUUCGGUUUUAUUAAUUGAGAUUCACCUUUGCCAUCUCGCAGGGGAGAGGCCGGGGCAGCUCUGGGUUCUCACUAACGCAACGCCGAGUGACCUGAAUUAAUUCUGCAGUGGUUUAUUCACAAAAAACACAACAACAACUUUUAUUUUAUUUUAUUAAUUCCAGAUUAAUUGGUGAUAUUUGAACAGGGCCGGAGUGUUGCACUUGGGCUGUACCUGCGGCCUCGUUGUGGCACCACAGACUCGUUGACAAUAAAAACCUUCAGCUGAA